AAUAAACACGCUUUCAUAUGUUGAUGUGGUGGGAAAGUUUUCGACAACCAAAAAAAAAGAUGAAAACCCUAAGCAUUUUUUAACUAUCUUAUCAAUGGUUGGGUAAUUUUAACAAGCAUUCACACGAUACAAAAGGUGAAAUAAACCAACGAAAAGUGAUCUUUGUCAAACAAGUUUUCCAUGCAAAAGAUGGAACGUCUUCCAAGUUUUUAAGCAGAAAAAAACGCGCUUUCAUAUGUUGCUCUUAAGAAUAUGACAGCGAAGAAGAAAUGCUAAAAACCUUUCUCACCUCAUCAACAUAUGAAAGCGCUUUUUAUUUCUGCCUAUGAACUUGGCAGACAUUGCUCCGUCUUUUGUAUGGAAAACUUGUUUGUCAAAGAUCUCAUUUAUGCGUUGAAUUUGGUUUAUUGCACCUUUUGUAUCAUAUCUCCCUCCGUGAUGUCAGCUAAAAAAGAGGGUACGCCCAGCUCCCAGCAGACGGCGAACUCGAUCGGUCGGAAAAAGUAAAGCCUUGAGUGCUGCUCUCUGAUAGAACAAUUUUGAUAUACUUUCAAGAUGCUGCCAACUGUCAGUGAAAAGUCUGCCGAGCCAGGGGUGACUGUCAUCACAGACGGUGGGUCCUCUGGACGUGACGGCGCUGAGAAUAAGGCGUCGUAUAAGAAGUACAUUAUUAUUGCUGUUGCUGUCAUUGUUGUUGUCGCUGUUGCUGUCGGUGGAACGUUGGGAGCAGUUCACAUCUCUAACAAGGCAGCACAAGACGUGUGGAAGGAGUACCAUCUCCGUUUAACAGACAAACAAGGGAAAAAAGUUGACGAAAAGGUUCAGGUUGAUCUAAAGGACAACAUCACCGUGUACAACGUGAACAACGAGAAGUUCCACGUUGCCAUGGACAACUCGAGGGGUUUGGUAGUAUACAAGAUGGAAAUGAAUGACAAGUUUGCUUGUUACUUGACUCCAAUGAACAAAUCUGAAGAGACCGACAGCAAGGACGUGGCCAACGCUUUGGAACAACCGAACACCGUCGAAAAUACGACAUCAGAUGAAGAUAAUGAACAAAAGCAAUUCGUUGUCAACACCUCCCCGAUCAAGGACAAGUCCUUCCUUAGUCCCAGGAUGAAGGAAUUCUGCAGGAAUCUGGAGGCAUAUUGGCUUACUCAGAAGAACGGCAACAAUGUAGCCAGCACCCAUACCCCGGCAGGAAGUAAACGCCAGAAGCGAGCUUGCUCCUGGAUACCUUACAGGUGUCCGUGUAGAAUAGGCACAUGCAUAAGGUUCAGGAUCGGUUCUCGGUGGCAUUGCCGUUAUAGGUACAUAUACAUUGUAAGACCCUGUAGGAGGUACAUAUGCUCUGGUAAAUAAACGCUGCUGCUAAAUAUAGUUUAACACAAAUAUUUUUGCAAAGUGUGAUUAGUCAACUUUAAAAAACUUCCCGCGACCAUGUCUAUCCCAGAAUAUUUCAGAACCAUAAAUUAAACAGGGUUAAUCCACUGUUGCAUGGGUAUUCAUGAAAUAGGAGCCACAUGGUACCAGUACAGAGUGACGUUUCAGAAAAAUCCCCUCCAGAGUUCUUAAUCAGCCAAUCCCAGGUUUUUUUUCAAUAAUACCCAUGUGUGUAUUUUUUGGUGUGUUAACUGUCAUAACAACAAAUCAUUAUCCCAGCUAAUAGUAAGUUAUGCAUCAUUUAGUUAUUGUUCUAUUAGCAAUGACUCUAUUACUAUUUGUUUGUAUUCAAAUAGAUUAAGCAAUAAUUGACUUUUUGGUAAAAUGUUUUUUUAAAUAAAUUCCACGUGUGCAUUUUUAUAUGUUAACUGUAAUGACGGCAUCAUUAAAAUGAUUAUCCUAGGUUAUUGUUAGUUGAUUAUCCUAGGUUAUUGUUCUUUUAGUUGUGCUUCCUUUCCGUUGUUAUUUGCUUCGAAUUUGAAAGAUGAAUUAAAGACACUACCUGACCUUU